AUGUUGGCUUUCAUCACGCUCUUAACGUUGCUUGUGCUCAAUGUCGUCAUCGACGGGUUCAGCAUCUUCUUCUUUUAUACACAGUGGACAUUUACUCUGGUCACAACAUACUUUAUGCUUGGAUGUGUAAUCUCCAUAUACGGAUGUCAAAAACACUGGGCACAAGCUUGUUACGAUAGAGCCGAUCUUGUAAGUUCAGAUACCGAGCAGGGAAUCCAUGAAUCCAAUGAGUCUGAACUUUCGAAUGACCGCGAAAUAGCCGGUCGAUGGAUUUAUUUCUUUCAAAUUAUGUAUCAAGCUUCUGCAGGUGCAUCAAUGCUCACUGAUUUGGUAUUUUGGAUCCUUCUGUUUCCAUCUCUGACUUCGACACCAUACGGUGUCGAUUUGAUGCUUAUUAUCUGUAUGCACUCUGUCAACGCUGCUUUCCUACUCUGUGACUCAAUUUUGAAUUGCAUGCGGUUCCCGUUUUUCCGAAUUGCGUAUUUUUUCUUAUGGACCAGCAUCUUCGUUAUAUUCCAAUGGCUCGUCCAUGCUUAUUAUAACCUUUGGUGGCCAUAUCCAUUCCUUGACUUGACACCGUUUUAUGCUCCGUUCUGGUACCUUUUAGUCGGAACGAUGCACUUACCGGCCUAUGGCGCAUUUGCUUUCGUAGUUAAACUCAAAGAAUAUUCUUUCUCAAGGUUGUUCCCGAGUCGUACCGGAAACUCACUUAAAAGAGAGGAGAUCAUCUGUGUCGAAAUUCCGGGUUAACACCGACGGCGACUGUGUUCAAUUAGCUAGCAGGA